GGUCAGGCAGAACAUGCUGAGGCGCUUAGCGGCCCGGGCGUCUGGCCGGCGGCGGGGAAGCCUCGCCGCUCCUGUAGCGCGGUUAAUCCAAACUACCUGGGGCCACCUGAUCUCGGCUGUCGGAGUGGGCAUCCUCGGGAGAGGUGACUUGGUCCUCGCCGACGCCAGUGUAAAGUAGGAUUUUGCUAUAAAAGAAGUGACCCUAAGGAACCUUUUGAAGUUAGCGGUAUAGAGAGUGCCACCAGAAGCCACCAUGCCUGUGGAAGGAGGAGGGAAAACAGACAUGGAAAGGAUUGGUCUCUUUAGUGAGAUGGAAUACGUUACUGUGGGUGAUAAAUAUGUGUCACCAUUUAAUCGACCCUUUAAUGAGGCUGCAAGCAAAAAUAAACAGAUGCUACCUGGGGGAUCCAAAGAAAUGUCCGAUCUUCAGGCAGGUUAUUUUGAUCCUCAUUUUGUAAGGAUUUUUGAAGGUGAAGGCUACAUAAAUCUGAAUCAAGUGAGGAGACGGGACAUGAUGCAAGCAGCCAAAAAGAAUCUAAGCAAAGCCUUCCUCCCUAGUAGUGGAGAUAAAAAGCCAUGCGGCUUAGGAAGCUACUACGGAACCAUAGGCGGCCCAGUGCCGUUCUUCAGCGCGCAGUCGAGACCUCGAGAAAAGUACGAGGCACCUGGAAAGAAUUUAUACACCAACCCCGGAAAGAAAGGAACUGGAUAUGGCUACGCAAAUAUUACCAUAGGUAAACAGUUUUCACACGCUGCCGACUUCUAUGACGCACCAAAACAAAAUUAUAAGAAAGCGAAUGAAGAACACCAUCGUUUACUUAAAGGAGCACCGUUUAAGUUAAAUCUUCACCCAAGGGACUAUUUUGAUGCUAACCCUUAUUUUUCUGAGGGACCUUUACCACCAAUUAAAAAAGAAGAGAAGAAAGAAGCAAUUUCAAACACUUUUAAACCUUCUUCUCCUGGUAAAAAGCCUGGUGGAAUGAAGGCAGGAACGUUUGAUCCUUACCCAUCACAUUCUGCCGACCCUUAUGUGACUAAAUUGGCAAAGAUUCCUGGCAAAGACGAUAAGAUUUUCCACCCACCAAGUGGACCAAAGAGCAGACCAGUUGAAAGUAUAAUGACUUUGAAUGUCAGAAGGGCACUUAAUUCAAAGAACUACAAGACUACUUCAGUACCAUCCUAUUAGCAGCUGGGAGACAAGCAGCUUUCUAGAUCUUAACUACCAGUGAUUCUUUAUCAAGAGCUAAUUGCUUGAAAAAAAUAUAGUGUUAUGGAGCAGAUAGCUAAAGCAUUUAAAAGAAAUUUAAGCCUGCAACUCUAAUUCUCUUCCUUAUUUUAAUACUACCACUUGAUAAAUAGUAUUUGCUACUGACA